GCAGUAAAAUGAAUUAUUGCCAUUUGUCAAAUGUCACUUUCAAAACUUUUUGUUUUCGAACAGUAUUAUGCCGUAUGUUUCCAGCAAUUUUAAUUCAACAAUGCUUAUAAUAAAACUUCUAAAAGCAAACUUAAAUCCGAGAGAACUAGAAAAACACAAUUUUAUCGACAGUUAGAGAAUAACAAUGUAAAAAAACACUACGUAUUAAUGGCGCGAAAAUCUGUAUAAGGUUUUAUACAAUGCGUCGUGGUUGGCGAGGGCGAUAUAGGAGUAACUGGAACAGAAGCACUAGCAGUCGCAAUUCUCAUAGUAGUGGUAGCGUUAAUAACUCGACAUUAUCUGGUGCAUCAACAUCGGCAUCCUCAAGAGCUCCCGCUAAUCAGAUACCAAUAGUAAUACCUAUUAAUUCUGAUAAAAAUGUGUGGAAACUAUAUUUUCCCACUGAAGGGCAACCACCAAAUACUUUUAUUUCUGAAAACAUAAAAAGUUUCCAGAGCUAUAUAGAAAAGAAUAGAAGUUUAUUUGAUUUGGAAAAAAUUGACCAAACUCGCAGUAUUUCACUAGACACACAAGCAUUAUUAAGUGAUGAAGUAUUUAAAAACCAAUGGUCAUCUUUUCAAACAGACUUAUUUGAAAAACCAGAUACAACUUUAAGGAUUUUGGAGUUUUGUUUACAUGAGACACUGAAAUGUGAAUCCAGAAUAAGAGUUAGAGUAUUAAACCAUGAACCAGUCAUCCCAAUCGCAAAUCUUAAAGUUAAUUACUUUGGAAAACUAGUUACGAUUAAAGGCACGGUGAUAAGAGUUGGCAGUGUUGGGUUAAUGUGCACCUCAAUGGCUUUUGAAUGCAGCAGUUGUCACAGUGUACAAGCUGUUAUGCAACCACAAGGUGUAUUUACAGCACCAAACUUAUGUCAAAAUUGUAAAAAUGGUCACAAGUUUGAACCAUUACAAUCAUCGUCAUACACAAAUACCACCGACUGGCAAGUUGCUAAAAUACAAGAAAUACAAUCACAGAGUUUAUCAGGAACAAUUCCUAGAACUGUUGAAAUAGAACUUCAAGGUGAUUUGGUUGGUACUGCAUGUCCAGGAGAUGUACUUUCGGUUACUGGCAUUGUUCAGGUUAGAGGCGAGAGCAAAGGGGGUGAAGAUGGCCGAAGAGCAGCAAGAUUAUUACAGUUGUAUGUAGAAGCUGUUUCAAUACACAGCCAAAGGAAUCUUAGCAAUCCAACUUUGUCAUUCACUCUAAAAGAUUACUAUGCUAUCCAGGAGAUCCAUGCUUCAGACGACGUAUUUAGACUUCUGGUUCAUUCUCUCUGCCCGUCAAUAUUUGGCCAUGACGCUGUUAAAGCGGGCCUUAUACUGGGUUUGUUUGGGGGGACCGAGAUAGAGAAUGGGGCGAGGUGUAACCCCCAUGUGUUAAUAGUAGGCGAUCCGGGGUUAGGGAAGUCACAACUCCUCCAGGCAGCCGCACAUGCUGCGCCAAGAGGUGUUUACGUCUGUGGCGCUUCGGCCUCCGCUGGGGGCUUAACAGUGGCUUUAGGUCGCGAGGCGGGCGGGGAUUUCGCUCUAGAGGCUGGCGCUUUGGUGCUGGCAGACAAGGGCGUUUGUUGUGUGGACGAACUCGAUAAGAUGACAGCCCAUCACAGCAGUCUAUUAGAAGCGAUGGAACAGUGUCGCGUGAGCGUUGCGAAAGGAGGCGUGGUUUGCAGUCUAGCCGCACGGGCUACGGUACUGGCCGCAGCGAAUCCAGCCGCUGGUAGCUACAACAGAGCAAAAACCGUUGCCGAGAACUUAAAACUGAACUCUGCGCUGUUAUCGAGAUUUGAUUUAGUUUUUAUCUUAUUAGAUAAGCCGGAUGAGAAACUAGAUGCUAUGUUAUCUGAACAUGUAUUAGCACUUCAUGCAGGCCCAAAAAAUAAAAGAAAAGAAGGUGCUAGUACCAGUAAAAUGAAUGCAAGUAUCGUAUCAAGUCAAACGGAUGGUGAUAUAUCGUCAAGAUUACGGCUCAAAUCUGGGGAGGUAAUCGACACUUUACCGCUGGUAUUGCUUCGUAAAUACAUCGCGUACGCAAGAAGAUACGUCCACCCAAAACUGAGUGUGGAAGCGGCGAAUAUUCUUCAGGAUUUCUACUUAGAGCUGCGUCAUAAGCAUCAAGGUGUGUCAAACGAUGGCGCUCCUAUCACCACUAGACAACUUGAAGCUUGCAUAAGAUUGACACAGGCUCGAGCGAGGGUAGAUUUACGCGAAGAGGCUACAGCUCGAGAUGCGAGUGACGUCAUCAGCCUCGUAGAACACAGCCUUAUGGACACAUUUAGUGAUGAAUUUGGCAAUAUACAACUAUCGCGAUCUAUAAACGGAUCGGGCGUUAGCUCACGUAAUAAGGUUAAGAAAUUCCUGGACAUAUUGGGCAGACGAUCUCAUCAGUUGGGUAAAGAUGUUUUUACCAGACAGGAGUUGAUACAAAUACAUAAGUCUGCAGGAAUCGCUGGCGAUCCUAAUGAUCUUAUUGAGGCAAUGCACGUCCAUGCUUACUUAUUACUUAAAGAAUCAAAUACUUAUCAAUUAAUUUCUCUUUAAAUAAUAGUUAUUGAUUUAUUCUAAUAAAGAGAUUAUAUAAAGUU